ACGCUUGCGCACUGUUUACAAUUCGCAUACAAAACAUGUUUAACCUCAAAAAAUAUUUAUUAUGGCAUUUAUAAGUAACUCAAAAAUCUUUCCAGCGAACCACAAAACCAUAUUUGUAUUAGAUCACACGCCAUACUUUGGAAUAUCCUGCGAAAGUCCCAUCGAAUUUGAAUUUUUAAAGUCCCGGGCGCCCGGUUUCAUACCGUUCAAUCCGAUCUCAAAGUCACUGUGGACAUGCAGCGUGGAAUCGGCAAUAGAGUACUGUCGUAUUGUGUGGGAUUUAUUUCCGCAGGGAAAAUUGAUACGUUUCUUUGCGAGCGACACCGUUGCACAUAUUAUGAAUACAUGGAGCCCCUCUCAACAGAAUUUAAAUCAUGUAAUGAAUGGCAUGUCGUUAAUGGGCGUACCUCCUCCUAUAAGACAGACGCAACAAUCUAAAGACUACUCUGUAGUGCACGGACUAAGGGCGGCGAUUGAAGCGCUUGGCGAAUGUACGGAUUUGCAAUUUGAGAAAAGAAAAGCCGACGUGAAUGCCAAAUUGAUUAACAAGUGCAGAAUUAUAUGUAUCACAUCUGCGAGAGAUAACGACAGCAUGAAAAGGUUGCAAGAAAUAUUCAACAACUGCUUGCACGCCCAUAAUAAAGCCGCACUUAAUUCCGAUACAUAUUUGCCAAUCGACCAUUGCCAUUUAGUUAUUAUUCACACGUUUCCUGUUAAUAUCGAGUCACAAGUAACACAGCAACCCGCUAGAAAUAUAUCGUCGCUUCUAACGACAGAAGUUUACCCGAUAAAAGCACCGCAAAUCUCAAACAAGUUGUCAUCUUUGAUACUGCAGCACUACGAAUUGGCCAGUACGACUGUUACCGGUAUACCGAUGAAAGAGGAACAAAAUGCCAGUUCGUCCGCCAACUAUGAUGUAGAGAUUUUCCAUUCGAAAGAGGCACACACUGCGAUACUGAAAGGGAAUACGGCCGAUUCUUUAGCUAUUCGGACUGUUAAAGAGGGGUUGGAAUACGAAACGGUGACAUUAAAGUGGUGCACUCCUAGAGGUUGCGCCUCCUCAGAGCUACAAAACUGCACCAGCAUGUACAGAAUUACACCAGUCGAGGUUAAUUCGCGUCCCUCCCUGUGUUUAAUAAAUUUCUUAUUAAACGGCCGAUCGGUUAUGCUGGAGAUGCCUCGUAAGGCGGGCGGUAAAAUUACAAGUCACCUUCUAGCAUCGCACGGUGGCGAGAUCUUCAUCCACACUUUGUGUACGGCCAGGUCUGUUUUAGAGGAUCCGCCGUCGAUUUCGGAAGGAUGCGGUGGACGCGUUACCGAUUAUCGUAUCACCGAUUUCGGUCUGUUAAUACAGCAAAAUCGACUGUUGCCCAUUAAGAGUAACUACGUCGGCGGAUUACCGAGCUCGAUACCGAAGGUGAAGGCGCGCUUGGGGCGGCAUACGAAAUAUUGGCCGCUGACGAUUAGUUCAACUUUAAUUUUUAAUUUGAAAAAUUACAUCGAUCCUCUACCUUCAAUUAUAACGAAAGAAAAAAUCACAGACGAAGAAAUGGUGCAAUGCAAGCAAGUAAUCUACAAUUUAAUAGCGUUAGAAUCGAAACAUGAACCUCUUCACUUAGCGAACAUGGGUCAGCGUAGCAAAGGGCAAAAACGCGAGGAGCAAUAUAAAAUAAUGUGGAACGAAUUGGAGACGUUACUGAAAAACAACUGCCACUCGGAAACGCACAAAAUGGUCUACAACUGUCUCAUCGAAUGCCACAAAUUUAACUCGGACGAGUCGGACAAGGUCGAAUUGGACCAGGCGUUGCGCGAACUAGAUCAAAUGGCAAAAUCUGACUCAGAUGUACGAGCGUCCGUUAUUCGAGCGACUACCGACUCGCCGAUGUCUCCUCCUCCUUUGGCGAGCAUCGCGUCGCCGAUGGCGAGAAAUAAUCAAAAUCGAGCUGGCGGCAUUUACGCGACGAAACGGUCGUUGUACGAUAUCUUUAUGGCGCAAGAUAAAAGUAAGACUAGGCUCGACUUCGCGGGCCGCACAGGCGAUAAUGUGGCGAAAUUGUAUCCCAAUUUAAAAAUCGAAAAUGAUCGUGGCCCGAGGGAAAUGGAAACGGAAUGAUGUAUUUUCUAAAUAUAGUUUUACAGUACAAA